AUGGAGGGAGAAAAGGACUUGUUUAAUGAUACAAAUAAUGAAUCAGACAUUUUCAAAUUCGAUCAUGAAAUACCGGAAUACGGGAAUUUGCACAAUUGGCAGAUGACCAUGUCUCUGCCGGAUACUCCAAGAUCAGAAGAAAACAUAAUAAACACACCAUUGUUCACAUCGCAAGUAUCAUGUGAACAAGGCCAGUUGACUCUACAAACAACAACUACUAACCAUGAUCCUCCGACAAUUUCCAUGGUUGAGUUCAACCAAAAUGAUAGUCAAGGAUUAACUUCAUUCGCUCAUACAAAAGGAAAGGAAUCAAGCUUCAUCAACCAUCAUGAUCUAGAGUCACAAAUUCCCAAUGAUAAAUCGUUGCAUUCAUAUAGUAAUGAAGCUAAUCCAAACAACUACUAUGGAUCCUCAUCAUCACCACCACCUGUUUUCCAGCAUCCAACAAGGACAACUUUAUAUCCUCAAACUUCCUCAAUUGUAGAAUUUUGUUUAAGCACGGAAAAACGAGGAACAUCGGUUUCAGGAGGAUUUAAUUCACAAAAACAAACUAAUCCAUGGGUUGAUACAAAUGAUCAAGGAGGACUUUAUAACCAAAGUUUGAACCGAUCGGAUAACCCCGAGGAGUCGUCUCACCGUACCCAUUAUGACCAACAACAACCACAACAACAACCCACCUGUCUUCCAAGGAUUCUCCCAGGGCCAAAGAAGAAAGAAACUAUGAGGAAGUAUACAUUUGUCCCAAGAUUUCUAGGAAAUGAUUUUCCAGAACCAGAAAAAAAUCAAAAUCUCAUUUAUCCGGGCAACACAACUGCUUAUUUUAAGGAUUCUUUGUCGAGAGACGAGUCUAGAUCUAAGAUGACUCCAAUAUCAACCGGCAUUGAGCAUCACAUUUCUAAUAUAACGGAGAAUCCUAGGCACCAAUCUAUAAAAAAUGGAGUUUAUGACCCCAAAUUUAAGGAGUUAGGGCUUGAUGUCGACCCACAUCUUAGAAUGUUUAAAGCUUGGAUGGACAAAAAUAAGAAGGGGGAAAAUAAUGUGGAAAACAACUAAGACGAUCAAUUUAGACAAUAACAUCCUCUCUUUUUUCUCAUAAAGAAUUUUGAGCGCUUUCAAUUUACAUAUC